AUGGACCUGCUGUUGUUGUCAGUGAUAUCAGCCUUGCUGUGUGCACUUGUUGUCUUCUUACUGAAAUAUUUGUCACUCCUUCAUUUGAUUACAGGACAUGCAUAUGUGCUUAGUAAGCCAUUUCCCAUCUCAUGUCAGAAGGGUUGGAAGAUAGACAGCUACGCACAUGGCCACCGUAUUUGGUUCAACUUUCUCACCUUUCCGUAUAACUCACACGCACCGUCCAUCAAAGUUUAUGCUGUUUUUAGUGUCGUCCAUUCAAAACCCCAGGCUUUACUACAAGUUCUAAAGAACAUCAGUCUGUUGUGUGAGUGGAAACCUGGUGUCAUAUCUGCUGCCAGCGCUCACAGCCCUGCAUCACCUGAAGUGCCUAGCUUUGCCUCCUCGCCUGUGCCAGCUCAUAUGCAGUGCGUAAAGGAGGAGAAUCUGUGUCACCCAAACUUUAGAUUCGGCUUUCAGAGACAUGAUACCUGGUUUGAUGAAAAUGUUGUACCUACAGUUUCUGUGGAGUACAAGAGAUUUUGGCAUAAAGAAGACAAUGGAGUGUGCUGGCUGCUACAAAUGGAUGAAAAGAUGCAGACGUGUGAAUUUUACCUUAUCCAGCCUGUUGAAGAAAUAGACCAGUGCCUUGUUUCCAUUGUAACAUGGUCCAGAGAGCAUUCCCCUUCAUCUGUAGACAAAGCAUCCACUCUGCUGUCUUCACUUACUGAAUACAUGUCGUUAAGGAGCCUGCAAUUUACGCCUUUGAUCACUCUGACAUUGUCAGGCAUUUUGUCUCCAAGUGUCCCAGAGUCAAGCAAGCCCAGAGAUGGACAUGACAGUAUGGACCAGAACCCCUCUGUGCUCAACGACCUCCACAAUUCUGUUUGGAAAAGGCAAGCUAGUGAUAGUACUAAUAAAAACAAGCUGUUGAGCAGAAAAGCAGAUCAGGAAAAGUUUUUAUCCAUCCUAAAAUAUGGCUGCAGAAAUGGCAAGGGAGCUGGUACACUUGUUUCCUCUACUAAUUCAAGUACAUCCUCUGUUGAAAACCGCGCUGCCUUAUGUACAGACAGUAUUGAUGAAGUUACUAAAGCUGCUCUCCGGAGAUCCGUCAGUGAUGGCACGGCUGUUACUCAAAGCCGUAUCAUGAAUAAAGAAAUUCAUCAGCAAGCUGUGGGAGGUCUCGCAGAUGUUGCUGAGGGGGCACAGGAGACAAGAUUGCUGAAUCAUCGAGAGAGUGGAAACAAUGUUGCAGUUGAGGAUGGUGUAAUUGCUCAUUUCAAGACCUUGGACAAUCAGUGUGCUGCAGGUCUUUUGUCAGAGACCAGACAGGCAUUGAAUAUAAAUUUGGAACUGUCAUCAGAUAAACAAGCAGACUGCUCGAACGGAUGGCUAUUUUCAGCAUUUGAGAAAAAUAUAGUUGUGUUAAAGAAAGUUCAGGGGCUAGGAUCCAGUGUUCAGAGUUACCUUGGUAAAGGAUUUAUCCUGAGCCCCCCAAAAACAGUUUGGGAUGCUCUGAAGAAUCCUCACACUGCAUUCACAUAUGAUGACACGCUCAAG